AUGGUGUGGAUGGGGCUGGCGUGGGCCUGGAAGCAGAUGUCCUGGUUCUAUUACCAGUACCUGCUGGUCACGGCGCUCUACAUGCUGGAGCCCUGGGAGUGGACGGUGUUCAAUUCCAUGUUGGUUUCUGUUGUGGGCAUGGCUCUGUACACUGGAUACGUCUUCAUGCCCCAGCACAUCAUGGCGUUGCACUACUUUGAAUUGUACAGUGACCACUAUGUGACCAGGAUCAAGAGGUUCCUUGGAGAAGACCCACCCUACAAAGUUGGAAUGAUAUUUCCUCAGAUGUCCUAA